AUGGAUGUAAAGGGUCGUCGAUCUAGGGGUCUGAAUGCCCUGGAAAAAUGUCUGAUAUUUCUCUUUGUGGCAAUGACCGGCGUCUGCAUUGGGCUUGUGGUCAUCUACUUCACUGAGAAGGAUGACUCUUCUAGUCAUGCAGAGUGUGGGGGUCUGCAGGAGAUGAUUGAAGAGUCAGGCACCUUCUCCAGUGGGAACUACCCCAGCAGCUACGACAACGGCAACGUCUGCACGUGGACCAUCACUGUGGACCCUGAAAAGGUGAUUCAUCUGUGGUUUGAGGAGUUUGCUUUGGAGGACACCGAGCACUGCACGGCAGACUUUCUUAUGCUGCGAGACACACUGACAGACAUUGGUAGAUUCUGUGGCUACAUCAGACCAAUGCCAAUUGUAAUUCUUUCCAACUACCUAAUGAUCAACUUCAUCACUAAUGAAAGAAAAACAGAUCAAGGAUUCAAAGCUCAUUAUGCAGCUGUGGCUCCAGAACUUGCAUCAGAAAUAGCUGGAGCUGGUGGUUUCUUCCAAGGUGAUCAGGGGAAUCUGAUGACCCCAGGCUUUCCAGAGGAGAACUACAGAAAUGCAGCACUAUACCAGUGGAGAAUUACAGUGCCUGAAGGCGAGAAGGUCCGACUGACAUUUACCUCCUUCGACCUGGUCCCUGAAUUAUGUGGAGACUAUAUUCAGGUUUACGAUGGCCACAAGGUUGGCUCUCCUGUUCUGGGUAAAUUAUGUGGCGGAGUGAUGCCAGAGCCAAUUGUAUCCAGUGGCAACACAAUGGUAGUCACCUUCAAAUCUGACAACAGAUUGACAUCAAAAGGAUUUAGUGCAACUUAUACAAAGUCCAGCCUUCCACCUGUUGUCAUUCCUAGCACCACUACCACAGUCACGCCCAGACCAAGCACACAAACCCCUCCAGCUUCCACAACUCCUGGGGGUGAUGGUCCAGUCAUCAUUAAGGGGAGAAAAGGAGAAAUCCAAUCUUUGGGUUUCCCAAAUUCUUAUCCGGCUCAUUCAAAUAGUUCCUGGAUUAUAUCUGUGUCCAAAGGACUUCUGGUCAAACUGCAGAUCACUGACAUGGCCAUCACAGGAGAGACUGGUCGGUGCAAAGAGGACAAACUGAUCAUCUCAGACAACUACAGCAUUCUUGGUACACACUGUGGCUUCCUCCUUCCCCCACUGUUGGUCAGCGCCAGUGAGACAAUAUCCGUCACCUUCCAGUCUGACAGUCGCCUCACAGACCGAGGAUUCUCUGCCAAGUGGGAGGCAGUGUAUCCUGAGGAUAUUGCAGAAAUCCAGGGCUGUGGCUUUUCUUCCAAAGAGGAAACCGGGAUUAUCAAGUCCCAGAACUGGCCUAUGAACUACAAGGCUAACACCGAGUGCAUGUGGAACAUUGUUUCACCUUUAGGGAAAAAAAUCACACUGAAAUUCACUCAUUUUGACCUGGAAGCCAAAGAUUUCUUUGCUUCCACGUGCUAUGAUAACAUUAUGGUAUAUGACAUCAACAGUGUUACAAAUACACUGAAUCAAAAGCAUGGUCCAUUUUGUGGAACAACACAGCCUCUUACCAUCCAGACAAAAGGCAACAGGCUGCUGAUUCGCUUUCAUACAGACUUAUUUACUGAGGGCAAAGGCUUCAGGGCCUACUGGACUACAAACUCCGCUCUGCCUGCUCCCACUGAGCCACCUGUUCAGCCCAAUCCUUGGGACAACAUCCCCAUAGACUGGCCCAGUGCAUGUGGGAAACCAGCCAUUCCUCCUGCUGUUGUGUCACGCAUUGUGAAUGGAGAGCCAGCCAUACCACACUCCUGGCCCUGGCAAGUGUCCAUGCAGGUCUGGCCAGCUAGUCAACCAGAACCCAGGUUCUCCCAUAUCUGUGGAGGGACUCUGAUACACAAGAACUGGGUACUUACAGCAGCUCACUGCUUUAUAAGAUAUGCGGAUGAACUGCAGCGCUGGCGCAUGUGCCUUGGCAAACACAACCUGACCUACACCGAGCCUAGUGAGCACUGCAUCAGCAUAUCUGGGAUCUAUCGCCAUGAAGGCUUCAAGUAUCCCUCAGUGCCCACGGUGGAGUUUGACAUUGCCCUAGUCAGGCUGGGGGAAGAGGUGAUACUCAGUGAUGAGAUAUCAUAUGCUUGCCUUCCCUCUGAGGAGGAAAUCCUACCUGGUGGAAAGAAGUGCUACGCCACCGGCUGGGGAGAUGAGACAGGUGAUUCUCUAAAUGCAAAAGCUUCAGAGACCCUCAACCAGGUUGCCCUGCCUGUUGUGCCUUAUGACACCUGUAAAAGGAUGGAUUACUGGUGGUUCCAGGUCAAGACCUCUAUGAUCUGUUGUGGUUACACACUGCCUGAUGAGCUUAAGUCUGUCUGUCAGGGAGAUUCAGGUGGCCCACUAGUUUGCCAGGAUACCCCUGCUGGUCCCUGGGAGGUUCAUGGUAUAACCAGCUUUGGUCCUAUUGGAUGCAUCAUGAAUAAGAAGCCGUCUGUGUUCACUCGCUCCUCUGCCUACCUCCCUUGGAUUACAAAUGUUAUGCGCAGAGACAUCUACAAUGAGCACACAUCUGGCUGUGGAGGGCCAAAGGACCUGACUGGCACAGGUGGUACCAUAUCCUCUAUGGGUCAUCCUGGCAGCUAUAGCAACAAAGCCCGGUGCCAGUGGAACAUUCAAGUGCCUGCAGGCAAAUUGGUCCACCUCCAUUUCAACAGCUUCUCCCUGGAGGAGAGUCAGAUGUGUCUAAAUGACAAAGUCAGCCUCACUGACAGAGUAGGAAAUCUGGGCACCUACUGCAGUCAUGUCCCCCCUGAAGAUAUGGUGAGUGAUGGAAAUACACUUAAAAUCAGCUUCUCUUCCAAUGAUAAGGUGGUGGACACAGGCUUCACUGCCACCUGGAGGGCAGUAGAUCCUACAGAUCCUUCCACUGCAGCUCCUUGUGGAGGAAGUUUUAGCAGUGAACGAGGUGAAAUCACUUCUCCAAACUGGCCUAACGACUACCAAGGCCAGACUGUGUGCACAUGGCAUAUCAACAUUCCUUCAUCAAAAAAUAUCCAUGUAGCCUUCACUCACUUUGAACUGCAAGCUGUGAACAUGUUAGGACACUGUCUGGACUACUUAGAAAUCUUUAAUGGAGACAGCCUGGCGUCACUAGGUCAGUUUUGUGGCUUUGCCCCACCACCAGCCUUCACCAUCCCUAGCAACACAGUUAUCAUCCGUUUCUUUAGUAAUGGAGCCAAUCAGCAGAAAGGUUUUCGUGGUUACUGGACAACUGAUACCAGUGUCAUCCCAACUUUACCUCCUUCUGCUCCAAACCCAUGGGACAAUGUCACUAUCAACUGGCCAAAAGAAUGUGGCAAACCAGCAGUGACACCAAAUACAUCCACUCUGAGGGUGGUUAACGGGGAGGAGGCGAUCCCACACUCCUGGCCCUGGCAAGUCUCCAUGCAGGCUUCACCAAUGAAUCCCAUCCCUUACAUGCAUGGUUGUGGUGGUUCUUUGAUUCAUGAGGAAUGGAUCCUGACUGCUGCUCACUGUUUCAUGUUUCCACUGAAUAAACCUUCCUAUUGGCGAAUGUGUUUGGGGAAACACCACAUGAACUCCUCCAUGCAUAUUCCCUCGGCACAGGAAUGCUACAAGGUAGAUGGGAUCAUCCGCCAUGAGGGGUUUGCUUACGAGCAGGAUAAGAGUGACAUCACCAACGACAUCGCGCUAGUGCAUUUGACCAAGCCUGUCAAUAUGACGAGGGAGAUCAGCCCCAUAUGUCUGCCCAAACCAGGGAUUGUGAUGCCUGCGGGAACAAAGUGCUUUGUCACUGGCUGGGGAGACGAGAAAGGCAAUUUGUUCCCCAAAGUGUCUGAAAAGCUGAACCAGGCAGCUCUUCCUAUUAUCGACUUCCAGACCUGCAGUAAGCCUGCAUAUUGGUGGGAUACCCUCAGGCCCUCUAUGAUCUGCGCUGGCUAUGAGUCCCCAGAUGAGCUUAAGUCAGCCUGCCAGGGAGACUCAGGAGGUCCUUUUGCCUGCACAGCUUCAGGAACAAACACAGACUGGGAAGUGCAUGGCGUUGUCAGCUUUGGACCUCAGGGCUGCAUCAGAGACAAGAAGCCCUCAGUGUUCACUCGAGUCUCCGCCUUCAGUGACUGGAUACAAGACAACAUCAAGAAGUUUAUCUAUGAAAAUAGCAAAACCAUCUAAAGCUGAUGUCACGAUUAAAGAUAUUUAAAGAGAUUUUUGCUCAUUUCUGUUGCAUCUUAGGCUGAUACAGUUUACUUGUCAUCUAGUCACUCAGUAUUUGGUAGUACUUCAUUUCCCAAUAACACUCUCACAACAUCGCACAGACACUGUAAAGCUAUGUGGCAUUUUUCUAACUUUACCAGUAGAGAAAUUAUAAAAAAAAAUAAGAGGAAACAGUAUUUAUUUUCACUCAAAUUUUCAUACAUAACA